UUUCGCGUAAUUUUCGUGAUCAAUGUUUAAAAAAUAUCCCCGAUAUUUUCUUUCGAAAUGUCAAAAAUGAGAAAAGCAUUGAAACACCAAUAUUUGAAGUGGAUGGAAUAGUUUUUUUUUUUUUAAAAAGAAACGGAUUAUAUUUUGUCUGUACAACACAGCAAAAUGUGAAUCCUUCAUAUAUAUUAGAAACUCUUCAAAAAAUUGUUUGUUUAAUAAAAGAUUUUUGUGGAGUGCUUUCAGAAGAAGCUUUACGGCAAAAUUUUAUUCUAGCAUAUGAAAUCAUUGAUGAAAUUAUUGAUUGCGGAUAUCCACAACACACGUCUACUGAAAAGCUCAAACAAAAUAUUCGUACGGAAGCUCUUUUAUUAGAAGAUUUACCUUACCCACAAAAGCUUUUAAAUUCUUGUUCAUUUGGCAGAACAUUAUGUUCAUCAGAAACUAAUAAUGUUACUCAGAUACCUUACCAAAAAACAGUACCUAGUUCAGCUUCCCAUCGUCCUGUUGGAUUAGCAAGGCUUGAAACACCUCCCUUGUCUUUUAAAAAUGGAGCAUCCCAUGUUGUAGCAAGUUUUAUGCAAUUGACGAAGAAAACAUUAACUGGAAACAAUGCAGUCAAUUUACCCACAGGAAAUAAUGCUAAUGAAAUUUUUGUAGAUGUUUUAGAAAAAAUUAACGUUGUUACCAAUUCCUUAGGAACAGUUUUAAGAUCUUAUAUUGAUGGACGAAUUCAAGUUAAAAGUUAUCUCUCAGGUUAUCCCUCUCUCUGUGUUAUAUUAAAUCCUGAUUUAGCGCUCAAGUCUAAUCCACUCCCUGAAAAUCAUAUCAAGGAUUAUUCUGCUAGUGACUGCUUUUCUUCGUCCUUUACAGCACCUCCAGCAAUAGAUGAUUACAAUUUCCACGAAUGUGUUGAUUUUAGCGAAUUCCAAACGUCAAAAUAUCUUUAUUUCACUCCUCCAGAUGGUGAAUUCGUCUUAAUGAAUUACCGUAUGUUUUGUAUGCCAUAGAAUAACGGACUCAUUUAAAAUACCUUUUGUCAUUAAACCAACAUUAAAAGAAAUUUCAUCAACACAGCUUGAUUUAAUUAUUGAAGUAAAAGCAUGCAUUAAUAGGAGUCAUUUUGGUGGAAAUAUUAUGCUUACCUGUCCGGUUCCAACUAACACUCUCUCAGUGAACAUUUUAUCAUCUCUAAAUAAAAAUGUACAGAACGCUGAGUAUAACCAUUUUGAAAAAAAACUUUUAUGGACAAUAAUGAAAUUGCAGGGAGAAACUUCAAUUUGCUUAGAAUGCCGUAUUCUAUUGUCGAAUCCGUUAGUAGCGAAUGGAUCAAAGGAACAAACUCUAUUAUUUUUAAGAAAGGAAAUCAAUCCUAUUUUAAUGACGUUUGAAAUUCCCAUGUAUAAUAUUUCAUCUUUACAAGUACAAUGCUUACGUAUUCAUCAACAAUCUGUUGCAUCAGGUGUAUCAUCUUCGGCAGCAGUCGAAAAUGCAUUCCGUUGGGUGCGCUAUGUCACUCAGUCCCAUUCAUACGUGUGUCGAUUAUAGAAUUUUGGCUUUUUCUUGAAUUAAGUUUUUAAAGUAGUAAAACUUUUUUUGAUAUUUUCUAUUAAAAACGGGAGAAAGAAUUUUGAUGGAAGGUCAUACUGUAAUAUUUAGGAUUUCUUUAUGUUAAUAAAUUUUGAAAUAAUGUUGCCAUUUGAAGCGUAGAAAAAAAAUUUUUUGCUUAUAAACUUUAAAGCACAUUGAAAAGCUAAGCUUUUUGAUGAAGGGUGCUGUUUAAGGUGAUUUUUUUCUAGUACACAAAUUCGUUAUCUGUAUCGUCUAUAAACUCUUUCGAUUUCCCUAGAAAUCUGAUGAUUUUUCUAUUGAUGAGGAGUCCAUUAUAUCUUCUUUAUCAGAAAGCACUAAAAAGCAUAAAAGGCGUCACCGAUCUUGUCAACCUCAUUGUAAUCGUUCUUCUGAUUUUUUUCGUGCAUACUCCGCGCCACCCAGAAACCUUUAUAAUAGACCCUAUUUUAGUAAAAAAAAUGAAUUUCAAACGCAACGGCAUGGGUUAGGUUUGCCUGACUCUUCGUUGUUUAGCGUUUCAAAGGGUUCUGCAUUCAAUCAUAAAACGUUACUAUCACAAAAAAAUACUCAACCUCAUGUGCCUUGCAUGGCGUAUGAGCAAUUUUUUUUACCUAAAAGGGGUCUUCAACAAGAUAUUAUGAACAAAUGUGACAAUAUGGGUAUGGUUUCGGCUGUAUGUGGUUGUGAACACCAAUUGGCUUUUGGCUAUUUGUGUGGGAAAGUUUUUCUACUCUUUUUGGAUACACAAAAUUUCCACAUUAUUGAAGAUCAUAAAGAACCGAUAACAGCUAUGGCUUUUUCUAAGAAUACGUCGUAUUUCACAUCAGUUAGUAAAGAUUUACAAUUGUUUGUUUACAAAUGUCCAACGACAAAGGCCUUUGAGACAGACGCACAACCCAAAAUUUCUCUGCUUUUGCACUUAUCAAGCACUGUUAUUUUAUCAUGUAUUUCUAUGCAUCCUAUGUUUUCCGCGUUUCCUUCAACCCAUAUGAUAGCAACGGGAGCCAUGACCGGUGAUGUUAUGCUGUAUCAUAAAAUGGUCUUUUCCUGGGAAGUUUCUUUACUCUCUAGAGAAGAAACACCAAUAACAGGAAUCGAAUGGCAUCCUACCGCGCCUUUACUAGUUUAUGGAACAUUCACUUUUAUACAUAUAAUAGAUUUAAACUCGUGUGAAAUAAUUAUUUCGAUUCCUUUUUUAGACAAUCCGCAUGAGUUCAAGCAAAAUCGACCUUUUUGUCUAUUACAGUCCUCAGCACCUGAAGAAGUUUACUCUUUAAAAUGGAAAGCCUUUAUACAGUGGGUAUCACCUGAGCAUGGUCUUUUAGCUUUAGGAACAACAUUAAAGAUUUGUGAACUCAACGUAAAGAAAUUGAACGAAAAAGGAAAAAAAAAGACUCCCUGGGACGAACAUGAAUCCAAUUCUAUUUCUAUUCAUUUAACACACGAACUUCGUUUUAAAUAUCUUAUUUGCGGAAUGGGUAUAACAUUUUUACCAGAAGCAACCCAAGACUUAAAAAAUUGUAUUAUUCACACGCUUUUAUUCUCGUCUGAACGCGGUUGUCCCAAUUCCGAAUCGUCGCUCGAAAAUUCAGCUUUAUUGCAUUCUCUUUCAAAAUGUGAUGGUGUCGAGAUUCAAUGUGACCGUAUUCCUUUAACGAUUACAGACAAUUGUGCGUUACCAUAUUCUCUAAUAACAUGUGGUAGAUCCUUACCAAAGUUUCUUCAAUGUGGGGACAGUCUUUAUAAGAUGGUCAAAGUGACGUUAGAGGAAGUAUGCUUUUGGUACUUUAAAAUAGGUCAAGGUGAUACAGCACUAAAGGAAGCAUUGGAGGGUGGAUCCCAUCACUUAAUUUGGAAAGUGAUCAAAACAUAUGUACAUCAAUGUUUUCAAAAUGGAGAUUUCACAAAAGCAAUAUGCCUCUUGUAUGAUUCUCGUUUAGAGGUGUUACAGAAAGAAAAAACAUGUUUGUUCCUUUGUAAUCUUUGCGUCCAAAAAAACAUGAUCUGCAGUUUAAUAAGCCAUUUAAAAAAAAUGUUAGAAGCAUUUCCCAAUCAAAGCUCAACAAUUCUUCGUAUUUGUUUAGAAGGCUUAGCGUUUUCUAAUAUAAACGAUUUGAAAAAAAGCUUUUUAAAUGGAUUUAACAAUAUCUUUUUGGAUAAGAGCUAUCUGGAAAUAGCGCUAAUAACAGUGUUACCUCUCAAUGAAAAUGAUGUUCGUAACAAAAAUACAACAGUCCAUCAAAACAAGUCAUUGGAGCCUGUUGUUAUACUCCAUCAAUGUCAAGCCAUUCUUCUAGAAAAAAACAAUUCCUUACGCUUAGCCUUUCGUUUGUUGCUCAAAUCCCAAAUAUCACAACAUCUGUUAUACACUUUAAUGGAGAAAAGGUGUCUUCAAAAAUGUAUCUUACUUUAUGAUAUCAUCAUUCAAAAUUUUGAAAAAUUUUGUAGAUAUGGUAUUGAAAAAUUCGCCAACUUUUUAGCCAAGGACCAACUUGCGCGGGAUGCUCAAGAAAUGCCUUUAUUUCCUUUUUCUAUGGUUGUUCAAUACCUUCAACCGUUUCGUUUUGGUCUUUUUUGUUACUUAUAUACCUGUUUUAAAAACAAUGUAAGCGUUAUUGAAAUCGUCUAUACAUUUCAUUUUUUUGAGCAGGCAAUAAAAAAAAAAAAUCUCUCUUUAGUAUGUAACCAAUAUAUUUCCUUGUUAGCGGAGUAUAAAGCCGAUUAUUUAUUGAAUUUUAUCAAAACGCUGUUUUGUGAAAAUCCUAAAUUAUUACACGCUCGUUAUGUUUUAUCAAUAUGCGCUCGACAUAAAAAACAACAUCUUAACCAGAACUCGGCAGCAAGUGAGAAAACAGUGAUUUAUUUGUGUUCCGCUCAAGUGUUUCUGUUCUAUACAAUUGGCGCAUUCAGUAAAGCUUUGCGAAUUCUUCUUUAUGAACUACAGGAUGUUGAAACUGCUGUUACCUUAGCAUUAUCGUCUCCAAAUCAUCAAUGUUACAAGGAUUUAAUAGUUUUCAUUCAUCAAAACCCUAAAGUGAUACGUAUACUUUUUCAAUGUUUUGAUAAAGUUUUGUUGAAACAAAAAAUCGUUCAUGUGAUGCCUGGAUGGCCUAAGAAUUUAAUGGAUAUCAAAAAUUUUACCUGUUUUUUGCCUCCUCUUACUUUUUUAAAGACCAUAUUUAUGACUCAAUUGGUUAACACGCCUUCCCUGUAUAGAGUUUUAUCUACCAUAGUUCCUUAUCUUGAUAAACAAGAAGUAUUGCAUUCCGUAUGCGAAACCAUUGCGUUAUCAGAGGUCUCACAUUUUCAAAGAGCAUGUGUCGCAAAAUUAAAACGGGGUGUGACAAUAUCUCCUUCUCCUUCAAUACUUCCACCAGAACGAUCCAUAAAUUUUUUACAAGCUUCUUUCUCAAUGUGUAAUUCGCAAACCUAUCCUAAACCUGAGGAAUUGGGGAAAAGUGGAGCAUGGAACAACUUCUCUAUCCCUUUGUGGCAUUUUUCGAAUACUGCAAUGAUAGUUAAUCCAUCAAAAACACUUCUUAUCGAAUCACACAAUCGUGCAAAGGCGUUUUCUUCCUUAACCAUCUCCAAUCCAUCUUUAUGUUCAAUGUGCUUUUCACCUUUUAAAACGUGUCACCGACACGUCACAGUAUUCCAAUGUGGUCACGCUGCACACACAGUUUGCCUUCGUCAAUGCAAUACAAUGGUGUGCAUUCUUUGUUCACAAUUUCAGUAUGUGAGUCGAUUCCCUCUCCUGAAUUUCUUCACAGUGUGACAUUUUUGUUACCACUAUUGUCACAUUAAAAAGAUAUCUUUAUCUAUUUUCGUUCCACCAAAAGUGAGCUUUGGUUAUUUUUACGUUUUUUGCGAAAUUCGUGUUGCGAAGAUCAAGAAACGUUUCAAUAAUCGUUUUAUUUAGUUUAA